CUACACGUUUAAUGUAAGUAGUAAAACCUCUGCAGAUGUUUAUUUCUCAGCACAAUAAUCUGACGUCAAAACCUUGGGGCGGGAAGAUAUGGAGAGCGAGAGGGAUCGUUGCGCAGAGGUAGCUGGUCUCCCACAAAGGAUCAGCAGGCGGUUCGCCUGAAAGCAACCAUUGGCUUUUUCGUCUAAUUAGAGAGACGGAAAGACAUAAUGCUCACAGAGCUUUGAGAGCAGCAGCAGCAGCAUAUUGCCACCCACCGACCGAGCCGGGCGUUCAAGUGGCUGAAGUCGAGAAGUUCCGUGAAGCGCACCUACAGCUCCGAGACAGGGGUCCCAAGGAUCAGAAGGGGAAACCAUGACGGAGCAACGAAAGAAGAAGCUCUUCGUGUUAGUGGAUGUGCUCUGCGUGAUUGUGGCCUCGCUGCCCUAUCUGGUUUUGACCAUCAUCUCCAGUCCCUACAAGCGGAGAGUGCACUGUGAUGACGAGAGUAUAAAGUAUCCUUCCCUGCCGGACACCAUUACGCACGUCCUCAUGGCCACCGUCACCAUCUCCUGCACUAUCAUCAUUAUUACAUCUGGUGAGGCUUAUCUGGUCUACACCAAGAGACUGCAUUCCAACUCCGGCUUCAACCAGUACAUGUCGGCCCUCUACAAGGUGGUGGGCACGUUUAUGUUUGGGGCAGCAGUCAGCCAGUCUCUCACUGACCUGGCCAAGUACACGAUUGGCCGGCCGAGGCCCAACUUCCUGGCUGUGUGCAAGCCUGAGGUCUGCGAGGGUUACCUCCUGGAUUCCAACUGCACCGGGGAUCCCCGCGAUGUCACCGAGUCCCGGUUGUCCUUCUACUCCGGACACUCCUCCUUCGGGAUGUACUGCAUGCUGUUUUUGGCGCUGUACGUCCAGGCGAGGAUGGUGACCAAGUGGGCCCGGCUCCUCCGGCCCACCGUUCAGUUCUUCCUUGUGGGAUUUGCCCUCUACGUGGGUUACACCCGUGUGUCCGACUACAAGCACCACUGGAGUGACGUUCUGGUGGGGCUCCUGCAGGGGGCGCUAAUUGCCAUCGUCAAUGUGCGCUACGUGUCGGACUUCUUCAAGCAGCGAGUGCCCAGCUGUGUGCAGACGGAGGAGCCAGAGAGGGAGGCGCUGGAGGGCAAGCCCAGCGUGCAGAUUGGGGAGGGGGAACACGGCAACCACUACACCUAUCCCCGAGUGGUGUGAGCACCAGCGUGCCCGUUUCCCAUUUGUGGACAACCUGUUCCCCCAAAGCUUUCACACCAACCACAGUGCUGCAGACUGUCCCACAGCCCCCCAUUUCAACCAAUCACUGCCUCCGACGCUGACCCCGCCCCCCCCAAACCUUCCAACCAAUGGCUGAUCUAGCCUGCUCAGACUGAAAAUCGUUAUCCCUGCAGGUCUAUAACACAAGAGGUCGUGUCUGAUUUACAUAUUUGUGCCUUUUUAUAAUUCUGUUUUUUUAUCGGUUGGCUGGAGUACUAUGGAUGCUGCACGAUGAAAGUCACACAAAGUGAGUUAUGAGUGAGUUUGUGGGUUGAGGUUGGCUGUGAUGGUAAAGUCAUGUGAUCUCAGUGCUGGGAAGCCAACAUGAGCUCUUGAAGACCACCAUAGUGUAUCAAAAAGGACCAAAGUCACUUAGAUGGUUUUGUAUUUACUAAUAUUGAAAAAUGCUUUUGUGGCUGAAGGGGACUGAUCUACAGCCUGUUUCCUUCGUACGUUUUUAUUCCAUUGGUAGAUCUCAGCUGAUAUGAUGUCCAGGGCGUAAACAGGACCACUACUAUUGCUUAGUCAGCCCAGUAAGAAAAGUCCAGGUUGACUUCUGUUCAUUUAGUAAUGCUACCUAUAUUAAAGUCUCAUUUGUCACAUACACAAAAGCAUUUCACUCCACAUAUGUACAAUGCAUGUGUAUGUGACAAAUAAAACUUAAAACUUUAAAUUAUUUACAAAUAUUUUUCAUUGUCCAGAGUGGUUCUAAGGCUUAUAUCUCCUACUGAAUCUCAAUUUAUUAAAAAACCAUAUUUUAAAUAACUUGAUUUUUUGCUUUCCACAUACAGCUUGGAGCUGUAAGUGUGUAGCAGGGUAUUUUAAGAGGCUGGUUUUUAUCUGGCUAUGCAAUUUUUUUAAUUUUUUUAACCAAUGAUAAACCAGCUCCUGUGCUACAGGUUCCAAUCACAAGCAGUAUGAGAAUCAAUAUUUGUGAUACCCACCCCCAAGUCUGACCUGUUCUCUCCAGUCAUGUGACAAUCGAAAGGGAUUCUGCCGUUGCCGUGGUGCAAUAGUUGCACGAUUAGCUACUUUGAGAUUGUGAAGCAGUGCGCAAAUGCACUCCAGAAUAACAGCAGUGUAUGUAUACAGUAUGUACGUUUGCUUGUGUUUCUGCAUGUACGCAGUCCUCUGAGAUGUCAUCCGUAUGUUUGAUGGCGCCUUCAUUCAAGUGUUUAUAUAGUGUUAGUGUUAGUAAGGUGUCACUGGUGAAGAGGGUCAGCUUGGACUAAAGCUUCAGUGCUGUUCAUGCUGGAAUUCGAAGGUCAGGUUUCUGCGGUGGCCUCAGUGUUCGUCUGUACAGUGUGUCAUCAAAGUCUGCGGAGAGUGAUGUCCCAUCAGAAUUCGUAGGAUAUUGUUGGCACUGUACAAAGGUCUGAUGUACAUAAAAACUCCCUAUGUGGACUGUAUGUUUGGUAGUUGGGUUGUGAUGGGUAAUCAAGUUCAGAUCUAGCUCAGUCUGCAUUAUUAGUGCAUGCAGGAAUCAUUCCAUUCUACGCUGAUGUACUGUCUUUUCCUCUUGACUUAUUCCUAAGGAUGAAGAAAAUCGGUUCAUUUCAGACACGAAGAAAAGGUUUAAAAAUCAAUACUAAGGCUCUAUAUAAACAAGCUCACUUUUAUCCUGUUAGCUUUCAUAGCACAGGAGUUUUUAUCAUAAAAUAGUGCUGGUUUAAUUACCUUAUUGAAGGAACCUUUGGUAUAUAUGCAUUUUCAGUAUCACGUGGCUAUUUUUGCUAUAAACAAGCCUAAUCCUCAUCCCACUCAUAUUGUAUAUUGAUACAUUUUUUUUGUAGUUGUCAAUGUCAGAUCCUGUUAAAUAUAUGUAACAGAGACACCACGCUGCCACUCUGUAUUUCAUUUCCAGUUUCAUUGCCAGUUUCAUGCCAGUCAUCCAGUGAUCCUCAUUUGAGUUGUAAUGGGACCCAUCAAGAAUUCCUCUAAACUGACUGUGGCCAAAGAACGCAUCAGUAUUUUUUGAACGCUGAGACGUCGUGAUUGCUCACAAUCGCAGUUGCUGUGACGCUCAUCCAAAACUGCUGAAAAUGCACUAAAAAGGACUUUUGUCAGAGAGAGGGAGAGAGAGAGACUUCUGUUGUCGCUGAGAAUGUGGACUGGAAGACAUCAAAGCGGACAUCUCGCCAAUGGCUAAUGGGGGUCCUGAGCUGACAGACAAGUUCUGGAACGAGCUGUUGACGUGCAUGUGCCCAGUUAUCAAACUCAUCAAUCCAGAUUCCUGUGUUCUUAGGAAUCCCGGAGUCAGACGGGUGAAGGUUUGUUGGCAGUAAGCGCCAGAAAGAUUCACAAACAGCCCGUGUCUGUGAUGUAUGUUCUGUGCUCUGGUUACUUUCUCUGCCCUGUAUUUUUGUGUCUCUGUAACAGUAGAGAGCUGAUAAAUCCAGCACCUCAACCAUGGGAAUCGGCCUCAUUCAUAUUAACUGCGCGUUGGUGCUUAACACGAGCUGGAAAAGCCUUCGAUUGUUACCGGAACAUUCCUCUUGACAAAACACAGGGCUUCCUGGAUCUCUUCCUGGCUCAGUUCCAGUUAGGCUGUGGGCCAGGUUCAUGUACAGGGACAAGAACAUUCUUCCUGUCACAAACCAAAACCUGUGGGUCAGAGAUUACUAUCAAAGUUAACAGACGUGUAGGUUCCUGCAUGUCUGUAUAGCCCAAUUGGAGCUUGUACUUGUUUUAAAACAUAAAAUUACAUAAAAUGCCAGAACAUUCAGCCACUUCUACUUUGUAAAUUGGGUAAUAAAAAGAAAUAUGGACAAACA